AUGGCCAAGCAGACUUGGUUUCGAGUUUUUGCCGAGCAGCAGCCUCGUCAGCAGCAGGCGGUCUUCAAACAAUGGUACCCGAAUGGCCUACCUCGCACGUACAUAAUGUGCCCGGAAAGAGAUCAGUCGGUUGUUCCCCAAACAUACGUCGAAAACAACCUUCCUGUCGGUUUUUACAUCAACCCCCCCACGACAGCGGAAGCCAUAUUCUCGACCCGGAAUGGCAAGGAUCAGUUCAAGCGCAUGCAUCAUGUCCUGCCUCAUCGCCAUCUCCAUCUAUGGCCCCGUGAUGAGAUACAGGCGGUCUGCAACUCCGUCCGAAAAGUCCACUGGGCUUCGAUGAAGCGUAUGCAAAGGCCUGAGUCCUGGGAUGAUCUCUGGAAGUAUUUUGACGCGCACGACCUCUACUACGCUGGAGCGAUCAAUCUGUGGAACGUCCUGAAUACCCUCAUCGAUGAGAACGAGAUCAUCUUCAAAGAUUUGCGGAUUGAGACCGCGGUGAUCAUAGGUCACUGGUUGGAUGCCUGGCUUGCGGAAGACAAUCAGUCUAAGUUGAUCGCUUGGACUGAGGGCCAAGGUCCAAUUUUGGAUAUUCUCAGCGAUAGAGAUCGAGCUUCAAUUGGGGACAUCGAGGAUGAAGUGGUACCGUUACUUGAGAAUGCUCUAUUCUAUCGUCGAGACUUGCUCUUGGGAUCUCCACAACCGAUGCCAUCAGACUUGGUAACCGCCUGCUCAACGAAUUCGCUUCAAAACUGGCUGGACAAGCCGACACUAUCUCCUGGCGGCCUUCCUUCUUCUGACUCCUCAGUCUCCCCGCCACCCCCUCGAGAAUUAUGGAUCGAGCCGCCGUGCGUCCAAUUGAAUGGACUUCACUACUAUGGAUCCAAGUCUCUGUCUGCUUAUGAUACAAGCGAUAGAUAUGUAGCAGGGACCGAUACCAACACCGCUACAGGCAGGAAGCCUAGUCGCGGCCCAGUAAUUGCGCACGGUAGCUCAGUGUCACCAUUCAAAGCAUUCAGUCAGGGAUACCAGUCUAGUCGAACUAGUUCUUUCGGGGCAUACAAUGAAAGGACCUACAAGCCACUCGAUGGCCCAUGCUCCUAUGCAAAGCGCAAUCACUAA